GUUUCUCUGGUCUUUCAUUCUUCUCUAUAAACAGAGAAUAGGCAUUACUUCUGCUUGUGGCAUAGAAGAGGGUUUCUCAACCAUGGCAAUAAUGACAUUUAGGGCCAGCUAAUUCUCUGUUGUGGAAAGCUGUGCUAUGCAUUAUAGGAUGUUUAGCAGCAUCCCUGGUCUCUACGCAUUAGAUGCCAGUAGCACCUUCCAGUGAUGCCAAAUAUAUCUCCAGAUUUUGCCACACGUCUCCCCGUCCCUUCCCCCAAGUUGAGAACUGCUGGCUUCGAGGAAGCAUGUGGAAAGAUACAUGCCUAUUUAGAAGAGUGGAAAUUAUGGGAGGCAUGCAUGCUGCUUGGCAAGGAAGGGCCAGUCAGCUACCAGCUCUGGGACCAGAUUCUCCUCCUGGAGUCUUGGCCUUUUUCUCCAGCUGCUCCUAUGCUCCCCACCCCGACCCCUGACUGCUUCUCAUUUUGCCUCUGCAGAUAUCUUGCUUCUCACACUGGGAGCCGUUUUUCUUCACUUUGCUCAUACAGGACAGAGAGGCAAAGGCAGCUGUGGAAAGCACCAAGGAGUGCCGCCUUUGCCCCACUCCCUGGCGGGGUGGCAGGAGUUGUGGAGUCUUGGAGUUAAUGGGCAUUGUGGGGGCACUCCAGUCCAGCCUUCUUCCCAACCAGUGAGAGAAUCCUUGCUCAGCCACCUGAGACGCUGCUUGCCCGGAACCGCCAGGGAUGAGCUGCCUCCUGAGAGCAUCUUUUAUCGGUCCUUAGAGGGACAGGUCACUGCCAACGCCGCCACUUCUGUCAGCCUCAGUAACUCUGAGCUUAUUUGGACUUUAUGGAUUUUUCCCAGAUGUGAAGGUCCCUCCCUGGGCACCACUGUGGUCAAACCAACAUCUAGUAGCUUGGGGCCCCUGGUUCACUCCAGCGUAGGCUUCUGCCUGAAGAGAGGCUGGUCCAUACUCUACCUGCUGCCCAGAGUAAGGCUGUCAGGUCUUCCCCUGCCGUGACUCUGGUUAGCUCAUGGUGUAAGUGGCACGUGGCUGGUUUAGGUAUUUGGAGAGUGAACUCCAGGUCCCCCCACCCCUGCUCAUCUCCUCUGAUCUCUAGGACACACCCAGCUCCACAAUGGCAGCAGAGACCCUCAACUUUGGGCCUGAGUGGCUGAGGGCACUUUCUAGUGGUGGCAGCGUGGCCUCCCCGCCCCCAUCUCCUGCUAUGCCCAAGUACAAGCUGGCUGACUAUCGAUAUGGGCGAGAGGAGAUGCUGGCUCUCUACGUCAAGGAGAACAAGGUCCCAGAUGAGCUGCAAGACAAGGAAUUUGCUGCGGUGCUACAGGAGGAGCCACUGCAGCCCCUGGCACUGGAGCCUCUGACCGAAGAGGAGCAGAGAAACUUCUCCCUGUCAGUGAACAGUGUGGCUGUGCUGAGGCUGAUGGGGAAAGGGGCUGGCCCCGCCCCAGGCGGCGCCUCCCGUGGCAGGGGCAGCACUCGGAGCCGAGGUCGUGGCCGUGGUGACAGUUGCUUUUACCAAAGAAGCAUUGAAGAAGGCGACGGGGCCUUUGGUCGAAACCCCCGGGAGAUCCAGCGUAGCCAGAGUUGGGAUGACAGAGGCGAGAGGCGAUUUGAGAAGUCGGCCAGGAGGGAUGGAGCACGAUCCGGGUUUGAGGAGGGAGGGGCUGGUCCAAGGAAGGAACAUGCCCGCUCAGAUAGCGAGAACUGGCGUUCUCUCCGGGAGGAGCAAGAGGAAGAGGAGGAGGGCAGCUGGAGACUUGGGGCAGGACCCCGGCGAGAUGGUGACCGCUGGCGUUCAUCCAGCCCUGAUGGUGGCCCCCGCUCGGCUGGCUGGCGGGAACAUGGGGACCGCCGUCGCAAGUUUGAAUUUGAUUUGCGAGGGGAUCGAGGAGGGUGUGGUGAAGAGGAAGGGCGGGGUGGGGGGAGCAGCUCUCACCUCCGGAGGUGCCGAGGGCCUGACGGCUUUGAUGAUGACAAGGAUGGGCUCCCAGAGUGGUGCCUGGAUGAUGAGGAUGAAGAAAUGGGCACCUUCGAUGCCUCUGGAGCCUUCUUGCCUCUCAAGAAGGGCCCCAAGGAGUCCAUUCCUGAGGAGCAGGAGCUUGACUUCCAGGGUCUGGAGGAAGAGGAGGAAGAGCCUGCCGAAGGGCUGGAUGAGGAGGGACCUGAGGCAGGUGCGAAGGAACUGACCCCACUGCCACCUUCAGAGAAGUCCAGCUCUCCGUCCCCAUUGGCCACCUUGGGCCCACUCUGGGGAGCUAAUGGGGAAGGAGGUGAUGCUGUGGAGAAAGACCUGCCAGUUACUGAAGGAGAUGAUUUGAGGGGCAUGCAGCUGAGUCCUGGAGUGGGCUCACCCCCCGGCCCGCCUGGAGAUCUGGAAGAUGAUGAAGGCUUGAAGCACCUGCAGCAGGAGGCAGAGAAGCUUGUGGCAUCCCUGCAAGACAGCUCCCUGGAGGAGGAGCAAUUCACGGCUGCCAUGCACACCCAGGGCCUGCGACACUCUGCAGCUGCCACUGCCCUCCCCCUCAGCCAUGGUGCGGCCCGAAAAUGGUUCUACAAGGACCCACAGGGAGAGAUCCAAGGCCCCUUUACAACACAGGAGAUGGCAGAGUGGUUCCAGGCAGGCUAUUUCUCCAUGGCCCUGCUUGUGAAACGUGGUUGUGAUGAGGGCUUCCAGCCACUUGGUGAGGUGAUCAAGAUGUGGGGUCGUGUCCCCUUUGCCCCCGGGCCCUCACCACCCCCACUGCUGGGAAACAUGGACCAGGAGCGGCUGAAGAAGCAACAGGAGCUGGCAGCAGCGGCACUGUACCAGCAACUGCAGCACCAGCAGUUUCUUCAGCUGGUCAACAGCCGCCCCCUCCAGCAGUGUGGGCUCCGGGAAAAGGUGGCUCUGGGGGACUUGACGCCACCGCAGCAGCAGCAGCUCACCACCUUCCUGCAGCAGCUCCAAGCUCUCAAACCCCCCAGAAGUGGGGACCAGAACCUGCUCCCGACGAUGAACCGGUCCUUGUCGGUGCCAGAUUCCGGCUCCCUCUGGGAUAUACAUACCUCAGCCUCAUCACAAUCAGGCGGUGAGGCCAGUCUAUGGGACAUACCAAUUAACUCUUCGACUCAGGGUCCAAUUCUAGAACAACUCCAGCUGCAACAUAAAUUCCAAGAGCGCAGAGAAGUGGAGCUCAGGGUGAAGCGGGAGGAGGAGGAGCGCAAGCGCCGGGAAGAGAAGCGACGCCAGCAGCAACAGGAGGAGCAGAAGCGGCGACAGGAGGAAGAGGAGUUGUUUCGGCGCAAGCAGGUGCGGCAACAGGAGCUACUACUGAAGCUGCUGCAGCAGCAGCAGGCAGUGGCCGCAGUCCCAGUGCCCCCUGCACCCAGCUCCCCACCCCCACUGUGGGCUGGCCUGGCCAAGCAAGGACUCUCCAUGAAGACGCUGCUUGAACUGCAGUUGGAGAGCGAGCGACAGCUGCAUAAGCAGCCUCUGCCUCGAGAGUCAUCGCGGGCCCAGGCCUCCAACCACCGAGUGCUUGGGGGCCUGGGCACUACUCCCGUGAACCAGUGGAUAUCUGAAUCUGGGCCGCUGUGGGGCGGCCCCGACAAGAGUGGGGGCAGCAGUGUCGGCCUGGGGCUUUGGGAGGACACCAUCAAGAGCAGCGGGAGCGUGGCCCGCAGCCUAGGCCUGAAGAACAGCCGGAGCAGCCCCUCUCUCAGUGACUCGUAUAGCCACCUGUCUGGUCGGCCUGUGCGCAAAAAGACAGAGGAGGAAGAGAAACUGCUGAAGCUGUUACAGGGCAUUCCCAGGCCCCAGGAUGGCUUCACCCAGUGGUGUGAGCAGAUGCUGCACACACUGAGCACCACAGGCAGCCUGGAUGUGCCCAUGGCUGUAGCGAUCCUCAAAGAGGUGGAAUCCCCCUAUGAUGUCCACGAUUAUAUUCGUUCCUGCCUGGGGGACACGCUGGAAGCCAAAGAAUUUGCCAAACAAUUCCUGGAAAGGAGGGCUAAGCAGAAAGCCAGCCAACAACGGCAACAGCAGCAGGAGGCUUGGUUGAGCAGCGGCUCUCUGCAGACCGCCUUUCAGACCAACCACAGCACCAAACUUGGCCCUGGGGAGGGCAGCAAGGCCAAGAGGAGGGCACUAAUGCUACACUCGGACCCUAGCAUCUUGGGGUACUCCCUGCAUGGACCUUCUGGUGAGAUCGAGAGCGUGGAUGACUACUGACCAGCCCGUCCCACCAGCCCCCCUGGGCUGUAGGCCAGGGGCAACAGCAGCAGCUUGGACUCUUGGGUCCCCAGCUUGCAGGCUCCCAGCAAGGAGCAUAGGAGGAAGCAGGGGCAGGGUCCCCAGCACUUGUUACAAACCACACGAUGCACCUUAACUCACCCACCACGAGGCACUUUAAUAGAUUGGGGGGAAGGUUUUUUUUUUUCCUUUUAAAAAAAUUUUAAACAUUGAAAACGUUAGGAGAAACGUAAUUGUUAAAAACUAGACUCUAAGCAC